UGUCAGUCCAAUACCUUGACUGUGGGACUGAAGGCUAGUCCUCUGUUUGAACAUGAAGAUUCAUUACAUGCAGGUUUUGAGUCUUCAGAUUGAGUUUUUGCUUUCAGCUGCUUUCAAGAAAAUACUCCAUCUGUAACAGGCAGAAUACAGGGACUUUAUGAAGUGUUGGACCAGAUGCAUAAAGUAAAGCUGUGGAGUGUCUCCUAGCAAAGGAAAGAAGUCAAGCCAUUUGAAAAUCCUGACAGGAGCAGUACAGACUGUUCCUGUUUGCUGCAAGCUUAGAUCAAAAGAGUUCUGAAUUUUCCCAGCAGCAAAAAAUACUAUAUGCUAUGUCUACGAGCAUGGUCCAAACCAUGAAUUACGUUGGACAGUUAGCAGGGCAAGUGUUUGUAACUGUGAAGGAGCUUUAUAAAGGACUAAACCCAGCCACAUUGUCGGGAUGUAUAGAUGUAAUUGUUGUAUGUCAGCCAGAUGGAAAUCUUCAGUGUUCUCCUUUCCAUGUUCGCUUUGGCAAAAUGGGAGUUCUACGUUCUAGGGAGAAAGUGGUUGACAUAGAAAUUAAUGGAGAAGCUGUAGACUUGCACAUGAAACUAGGAGACAAUGGUGAGGCUUUUUUUGUGCAGGAGAUGGAUAACAACCAGGAGGUAAUUCCUCAUCAUCUCUCCACAUCUCCCAUUAUGUCUGAGGGAACUGCUUUAAUGGAAGCUCAGCUGAAGAGGAACUCCAUAGACAGGAUAAGAAACCUGGACACCAGUGCAUCCUCACAAGUACCACCCCAAGGCCAUGGAUCCCAGCUUUCUACUGAAACAUCUCCAGUCUGUAGCUCUGUGAAAAAACGGAGGAAGAAGAGGAGAAAGUCUACCCAUAAAAUAGACAGCUUAAAAAGAGAAGACAAUGGAGACACAUCGGAAGAUGAAGACAUGUUUCCCAUAGAGAUUAGCUCAGAGGAGGAAAAAGAACCAUUGGACAAUUCACGAAUCCCUGUUCCAGAUGUGUGUGUUGAUGAUGUAUCUGACAUGAAGGCUCCUGCAGCUUCUAUGUUUUCUCAGUCUUCAUCUUACCCUCAUUCAGAUGGAGAAUGGUCACCUCUUCAAAGUAAGCCUAUAGAUUGCACAGGGCAAACCUCUCUUCUCACUGUUCCAGCAGACGGAGGCCUAUCUAACUCCUGUCCUCAACAAUCUUCUCACUUUUCUCCUCCAGACAGCCCAUCAGGUUCACGCCCUCCUACUCCUCAAAGUGACUCAGAAUUAGUCAGUAAACCUAUGGACAGAAGUGGGCUGAAGAAUAAUCCCCACAUGCACUGGGCAUGGGGAGAGCUACCCCAGGCUGCAAAGGCCAGUCCUCUGCUCAAAGCAAAGGAACCCAGUGUGGUGGAUGUAAAUCCCUCUGAAAGCACUCACUUUCGGGUCAUCCAGAGUUCUCCUAUAGAGGAGUUUAAGACUGAGUCUCCUCUACCUGCUCUUAGACAAGCAGAUGCAGCAACUGCUGCUGAAAGUGAGCCCUUACCAGCUGAGACAAAUAAGCCAGAGACAGAGUCUCCAGGAGCAGCUGUACAACCAUUGCCUGCCAAUGAGGAAAUAAAACAAGCUACAGCUUGCUCAACCCAACCAGCUGGCAAGACAGAUUCUCCAUCCAGAAAAAAAGACAAACGAAGCCGGCAUCUUGGUGCUGAUGGUGUCUAUUUAGAUGACCUCACCGACAUGGAUCCAGAAGUUGCUGCACUUUAUUUCCCCAAGAAUGGGGAUAAUGUCCAGUGCAGGAACACGAGUGACACAGGGCUGCGAUCUGCCAGCCAAUCUCCACAAUCUGGUGGUAGCUCAGGUGUAGACAGUGGAGCUGAAAGCACCUCAGACGGAAUUAGAGAUUUACCUUCCAUUGCAAUUUCUCUCUGCGGAGGCCUUACUGAUAACAGAGAAAUAACCAAAGAAGAAUUCUUAGAACAUGCAGUAACAUACCAGCAGUUUGUGGACAAUCCUGCUAUCAUUGAUGACCCUAACCUUGUGGUUAAAAUUGGAAAUAAGUACUACAACUGGACAACAGCCGGUCCCCUUCUGCUGGCAAUGCAGGCAUUCCAGAAACCUUUGCCAAAGGCCACUGUGGAAUCUAUAAUGAGGGACAAGAUGCCCAAGAAAGGUGGAAGGUGGUGGUUUUCAUGGCGAGGGAGGAACAGUGCUAUUAAAGAGGAAACAAAGCCAGAGCAAGGUAUGAGUGAGAGUGGACUUACAGGAGAAGACUCUUCACAGUUGAGCAUGGCAAACAGAAUAAAAGAUGAAUCUUCUUCAAGCGAUGAAGACCCUAGAGCUGCCAAACAAAAUCUCGGAUCAUUACAAACCAGCUCAAGUUAUCUGUCAUUGUCUGGAAUCAGUUACAAAAAAACGCUUCGACUCACUUCUGACCAGCUUAAAAGUUUAAAGCUUAAGAAUGGUCCCAAUGAUGUGACCUUUAGUGUUACAACACAGUAUCAAGGCACUUGCCGCUGCGAAGGCACCAUUUACCUGUGGAAUUGGGAUGAUAAAAUUGUUAUUUCUGACAUUGAUGGAACAAUCACACGGUCAGAUACUUUAGGUCAUAUUUUGCCAACUCUUGGCAAAGACUGGACACACCAAGGGAUUGCGAAGUUGUAUCAUAAAGUGAGCCAAAAUGGAUAUAAGUUUUUGUAUUGCUCAGCACGUGCUAUUGGAAUGGCAGGCAUGACCCGAGGUUACUUGCACUGGGUCAAUGAACGAGGAACUGUUCUGCCUCAGGGGCCAGUGUUGCUGAGCCCAAGCAGCUUAUUCUCAGCUCUUCACAGGGAGGUUAUAGAAAAGAAGCCAGAAAAAUUUAAAGUUCAGUGUUUGACAGACAUCAAAAAUUUGUUUUAUCCUAACACAGAACCCUUUUAUGCUGCUUUUGGAAACAGACCUGCUGAUGUUUAUUCAUACAAACAGGUGGGAGUUUCUUUAAACAGGAUAUUUACAGUUAACCCCAAAGGAGAACUUAUACAAGAGCAUGCAAAGACAAACAUCUCAUCUUAUGUGAGACUAUGUGAAGUGGUAGAUCACAUUUUCCCGUUGCUAAAACGAAGCCAUUCUUCAGACUUCCCUUGUUCUGAUACCUACAGCCAGUUCACCUACUGGAGAGAACCUCCACUGCCUUUUGAAACUCCGGAUGAGCAUCCACCUUCAACAACCACUUAACCGCAUCUCCAAACUGCUGGCCUCAGCUCAAAGAAUGAGUUAGCUUGUAUUGGAAGGCCAUCACUUGGCUUUUGCUGUUGACAGUUCAGCUGGAAUCUGUGAUGUUGUGAGCACUGUAUUUAUUUUGCUGUGAGCAAAUUUAGAACUGCAUUUUUUCACAUUUCCAGAUGACAAGAGGGAGUCUUACUAGGAACAGGAGUUGUGUUUCUGGCUCUUCAUCCAGCUUCUCAAAUUGUGCCAUACAGUUUCAGUAUUUAAGGUCAAAUAAAAAUGGUGUUGGAGUUGCAGUUAAACAUACCAGAAGUUU